AUGGAUCCCCCAGACUCCGACUCCUUCCAUGGAGGGUUUGAGCAGACUCUGCCCGUGCUUUCACGACCUCCGGCCGCGCCCGCCUGGUCUGAGGUCGAUCCCACCCCCCACACGGACCCUGAGACUUGGCCUUCCGACCCUGUCGCCUCCGACUUGCCGCCCGCGAUCCCCGCUCCGCCACCAGCUCCUCAACCCGCUCCUGCAACAACCCUCCCAGCGCAGACAACGACCACCGCCACCUCUACGACCACAACCGAGCGAAAUGCAUCCUCAAAGGUCCGGAAGUCGCGCAAACCCGCCAAUGCUGCGGGCGGCAAGUCCACGCUGUUCUGGGUCCAUACGGACCCGGAGUCCGCAUCCUCGGGCACGAAAGAGGAGACCCUGAAGCGCAUCCGGUCGCAUGUCAUGUCGGAACACAAUCGUAAGAAACGCCUGGAAAAAUUGGUGCCUACUACGACCACCGCCAGCUAUUACCCCUCCGUGGUGGCGGCAACACCCUGGGAGGUGGAGCCGUGGAGCGAGGAAUCCUGGGAGGAGGACACAGUGGACGGAGCCUUGAGCUACUCGGCUGCACCCACCAACCCUUCGCUAUGGACAUACGUGGGAUCUGGGGCCCAUGAUCCGUUCAACACGGGGCAUACCCAGCUUACAGACCGAAUGAUGCGCCAUUUGCAAAAUUGUCAGUUUGCCCUCCUCUUCCCCGCACUCCCCCCGCUUUUAGAUGACAGGGCGAAUGUGGAUAUGAAUGACCCAGCUACUAACAUCGACCAAUGUCGAACAGUCCUGUGGGACCUCACUCAGGAAGCACAUCCAUUGCAGACGCGGUAUAAACCCAAGCUGCAAGCACAUUGGGCUGCCCUUAUUCAGCGGGACCCCGCCAUUCUCCACGCGACGAUCUGCAUGUCCACUUCCAAUGCGGCUAUGCAGCGAGGCGAGCUGCCCAUUCGAGAUCCAAACCAGAGUCGCAGCGCGCUGGUCGUCGAUACUUUCCACCACCGAGGUGAGACGAUUCGAUUGGUGAAUGAGGGCUUGUCGGAUCCUGUCAAGUGUUCGAGUGAUGAACUCAUUGCGGCGGUAUCUACAUUGUUGACCAUUGAGAUUGCCUCCGGAAACCCUGAUUAUUUGAAGAUCCAUCUGGCUGGCUUGCGACAGAUGAUUGGGCUGCGCAAGAAUUUUGCGGACGUGCCCCCAGACGUUCGAUUCCAGAUCUCCUGGACUGAUAUUCGAGUCGCUUGCAUGGCUCUCACUAAACCUAUUUUCCCCUUCGUUCGCUCCAUCCGUCCCGCCGGGUUCUCUCUCGUCCCACCCAAUGACGACGUCGCCCUGUUCGCUACCCGGCUCAUCCCACUUAUCAAAAUUCCUGGCAUAUUUAGCGAAACAUUCACGAAAAUUAUAUACGACCUGCUUGAGCUUUCCUGGUACGCGGAGUGGAUUAAGGGCAAUACCGGAUAUAAGGAAUUUGACGACGAGGUCGAGGACUACUUCAAUUUCGAAGUUCUCUCUGUCGAGUACUCGCUGCAUAUCGAUCGGUACACACCGACCGGCCAAAUUAAGGGCGACAACUCCAUCGAGGGCUGUUGCCGACUGGCCUGUCUUGGUUUCCACAACAGCGCCAUCUGGAGCUUCUACCCCAUGAUCGGCCCCCUGCUACCCAAGCCUAUUCUGGCUCUCCGCGCUGCCCUUGAAGCAACCAUACCGUCGGGCCUGUUCGCGCUCUGCCGUGACCUGCUGAUUUGGCUUCUUUUCAUCGGCGCCGCCUGUAGCCAGAUGAUGCCCCCGGAGCGAGCGUACUUUGUCUCCGAGCUGGCGACGGCUGCAAGCCUGCACGGCGUCACGUCAUGGCAGGAAUGCCGCGCCAUCUUGUUGGGCUUCUUCUAUACGGACCGUGUCCAUCUGCCCAUGCUGAGACAGAUCUGGCAAGAGGCACAGCUCCAGUCUGACGCUACUUCUGCAUAG